AUGGGAAAGUCUAAGAAUGCCAAUCGGCCACUGACACAAGAAGAGAUCUGGGAUGAUUCUGCGCUGGUCCAGAGUUGGGAUGAAGCUGUCGAGGAAUACAAACUCUAUCACAGCAUCCAGGCAAGAGGAGAGAAUGUAGAUGAUGUACUGAGAGAGGCAGAGGCUGAAGCGGGCUCUCAGGAUGUCUUACCGGCGCAAGAAUCGGAUGAAGCGGUUGAUAGCAUGGAUCAUGACGCCGAACCGCCGUCUGUAGUUGAUGCAACUUCUGCUGAAGCAAAAACAACAGGGCAGACAUCCGCGGCUGCAAAUCCAACAAUUGCCCCCACUGGCCAAGGCUUCACUCCUGCAGGAGCAGUGCCUCCGCCUCAUGCCGCUCUAGCACAAGUGCAAGAUGAAGGCUUGAAGAAUCUCAUGAUGGCCUGGUAUUAUGCUGGAUACUAUACCGGUCUCUAUGAAGGGCAGCAGCGAGCAAAUCAAAAUCAAGGUUCCUGA